UGGCGGCUUCGCGCGCGGAUUAAAUUUUCGUUUUUUUCGUUUCUGUUAAAUGGUUAAAAUUGUUGUUACGGGAGUGUUUUAACACGUUGCGUUAUGGCGGAUUCGGUCAAGGUUGCGGUCCGGAUUCGUCCGCUGAAUGGGAGGGAGCGGGAGCGGGGCUGCCGGAUGGUGGUGGACCAGCCCAGUUUGACGGAGCCGCAGAUUGUGAUCGGGAACGGGAUCAGCGGAAAGCCGGAGGCGUUUACGUUUAACUAUGUGUUCGGGGCGUCGGACGGGCAGGAGCUGCUGUACGAGAGCGCGGUGCGGCCACUGUUGGGGAAGCUGUACGCGGGGUACAAUGUGACGAUCUUGGCGUACGGGCAGACCGGGUCGGGGAAGACGUUUACGAUGGGGACGAAUUAUGACGGGAGUGAGGAUUUGGGGGGGAUGGGGGUGAUUCCGCGGGCGAUAAUUGAUAUCUUUGAACGGAUUGAGGAGACGCGGGGGGAGUCGGAGACGAAGGUGGCCUGUUCGUUUAUGGAGCUGUACCAGGAGAAUCUGUACGAUUUGCUGUCGGAGAAGGGAAGUGGCAGGGAGGAUCGGGUGGUGGACAUUAGGGAGGCGAACAAUCAGAUUGUGAUUCCGGGGUUGACGGAGAUUCCGAUGCGGUCGGCGGAGGAGACGUUUGGGGUGUUGAUGCGGGGCUCGCAGGAACGGGCCGUGGCGUCGACGGCGAUGAACGCGGUGUCGAGCAGGAGUCACGCGAUAUUCACGUUGAGUAUGACGAACCGGACGCUGGGCGGGGACAAGCCGACGGUGACGACGAGCAAGUUCCAUUUGGUGGAUUUGGCCGGGUCGGAGCGACCGAAGAAGACACAGGCCACCGGGGAGCGGUUCAAGGAAGGGGUGAAGAUCAACCAGGGACUGCUGGUGCUGGGGAAUGUGAUUUCGGCGCUGGGGUCGGUUGGGGGGCCGCAGGGACACGUGCCCUAUCGGGAGUCCAAGUUGACCCGGCUGCUGCAGGAUUCGCUGGGUGGGAACUCGCUCACGUUGAUGGUGGCUUGCGUUUCGCCGGCGGAUUACAACUGCGAGGAGACGAUUAAUACGCUGCGGUACGCGAACCGCGCCAAGAACAUCCGGAACAAGGCCGUCGUCAAUCAGGACCCGAACCAGGCCGAGAUUCGUCGGUUGAACGCGAUCAUUCAGGAGCUGCGGCUGGAGCUGUUGACGGCGACCGCGGGGAAGGAGAAUGUUGGGGAUUCCGCGAAUCGUCCUUCGAGCGUGCCGGGCAAGCCCGGAAUCAUCCGGUCCAGCACGGAGAGUCACAUCUCGGUGGAUUCGGCAAGGCGCGAGCGCGAGUUGCAGGACAAAAUUCGCACGCUUCAGCAGCAGCUGCAGUCGGCCCUGCAGGACAUGGCCACGGACCAGCUGCAGACGCUGACGGCGGAGAAGAUUGUCGAGGAGAUUGAAGCGUUGCUCACGGAGAGCCCGGAGUCUGAGCUGAAGCAGGGCGUGCGGGCUAUUUUGGACGGGUACAAGGCGGAAACGGCUUCGAUUCGGAGCGAGUCGGCCAUCUCGGACAACCUGCUCAAGUCGGAUGACUUCCAGGAUCGGUCGGAUUUGCACACCAAGAAGCAGAUGGACAUCCGGGAGGAGUUGCGCAAGCUGACGAAGGAGUUGGAGAUCAAGGAGGAACUGCACCGUCGCUGCAUGGGCAACAUGAGCAACAUGACGUUUACGGUGGAGGACACGAGCGACGGGAGUGGCGCCGGCGCCGGAGGCAACGAAAAGCUCGUCGAGUACCAGAACAAGAUCGCCGAGCUGGAGAAGCAACUGCAAGAGCUCAACGGACAGCUCAACUCGAAGAUCCUGGACAAGAAGAGCAAACUCGCCGAAGAUCGGCGCAAAAAGGUUCAACACCUGGAGCAGGAACUCGCCGAAGUGCGCAAAAAGAGCGUCCAACAGGCCAAGAUGCUUCAGCUCAAGGAAAAGGACACCCAACGGAUCGACAACCUGUCGAGGGAAAUCCAAGCAAUGAAGGCGAUGCGCGUCAAACUGGUCAAGAACAUGCGCACCGAAAGCGAAAACUUCCGCCAGUGGAAGAUCAACCGCGAGAAGGAGAUCUGCCAGCUGCGCGAGAAGGACCGCAAGCUCAAAAACGAAAUGGUCCGCAUGAAGUCCACCCACGACAAGCAGCAGAACGUCCUCAAACGCAAGGUGGACGAAGCCGUGGCCGUCAACCGUCGCCUCAAGGAAGCCCUCGAGCGCCAAAAGAGCGUCCAAGCGCAACGCGCCGCCAAGGCCACCGGCAAGCUCGUCCGCGGCGCCGACGUCACCUCCUGGGUCGACCACGAGCUCGAACUCAUCCGCUCCGUCAAGGAAGCCUCCGUCACGCUCAAACUCCUCAUGGACGACCGCGCCCUCCUCAACUCCAAACUCCUCGACAUGAAGAAACACCCCGACGAACACGACGAAGACACCAUCAAACAGCAGGAGCACGACCUCGAACUCCGCAACGCCCAAAUCGCCGACCUCCAGCAAAAAAUCCUCUCCACCGACGUCGACUCCAAGCAGAAAGCCAUCCUCGAAGGCAUCCCCACCCUCUCCGAGGCCAAACAAGCCAUCAAAAAAAUCCUCCAAGUAUUCUCCGACGGCCAGGAAGAAACCGCAAAAAUCCGCCACCAGCUCGUCGACACCCGCCUCUCCGUCGAGUGCCUCGAAGAAUCCGUCCGCACGCUCCAGUCCGACCUCGCCGACACCCGCCAACGCUUCACCGACGAAACCAACGACCUCGCCAAAAUGUACGAGGAAAAACUGUCCCUUCUCCUGCGCUCCAAGCAAAAGUACGCCCGCCAAUCGAAGGAAUCGGCCACGACCUGCGACACCGUGCUCCAGGAAGCCUCCGACCGGAUGGAGAAGCUGCGCGAGGAGCUCGACUCGAUGAAGGAGGCGAACCGGCUGCUGACGAAGCAGCUGGCGGAGGCGCAGGCCAACGCGUUUGGAAGGAGGCGCACGCGGAACAGCAGCAAGCAGGUUCAGCAGGUGGAGUACGAGGAGGAUGACGAGGAGGACGAGGCGGAGGAUGAGCGCGAGAGUGUGGAUGACGAUUCGGAUUUGGAGCGCGAUCCGGACUUCCGCGGGACGCCGCUGAGCAAGCGGAAGAAGUCGACCAGCGUGCGCGAAUCGAUGCUCGCCGCCAAGAAAAAGAAGAGCACCGGAACAACGGACGACCCGGCGACGACGACAACUGGAAGCAGCAGCAGCGACGCCGCGGACCGUUCCGGCAGCGCCCCGCACUGCACCUGCACGACCGGCUGCUCGACAAAGCGGUGCGGCUGCAAAAAGCUCGGCGAGUUCUGCGGCGAAAGUUGCCGCUGCUCGGACACGUGCCGCAACCGCCGGCUGGACGUCCUGCUGGAUGACGAAGACGAUGACCGUGAGGGUGAAGACGUGGAGAUGAACAAGGAGAACGAGGUCCAGAACGGAACACCGCCGACGCCGUCGGAGAAGCGCAAAUCGCAGGACGAUGGCGAAGACGGCGACGCGGCCGAGGCCCUGGACCAGUCGCCGAAGCGGGCCAAAAUUGACCUGCUGACGCCGACGUACGUGUACUCGGUCAAGAAGCGCAAGCCCCUGCUGGACGACAUGUGAGGUGGAGGACGGUCGAGCCGGAAUUGACAAGAUAUUAAUUUUACAUUUGACACAAUUUUUUAGUUUCUCACUUAAAUCGAUGAUAUUUAUAAAUUCACAAAAGCCUGAUCAUGAACAAA